AACCGUCGCUUGGCGCAGUUCCUCCAUUGGUAUUUCUUCUUCUUUUUGCAACCCAGCGCAAGAGUUUUCGCCGUCCCUCCACCCCGGAGGUGGGAUCCAUCUUUGCAAAUAAUUAAAAAAGGGAAGGUAAAAAACAAGCGCGGACAAGACCGCAUCCAAGAUGAAGGCGUCUUUUGCAAUCCUGCUGGCUGCCUGUCUCUGCGUACAAAGAGCUUCCUCGCUGGUGUGCUGGUACUGCGAUGGAGCAGAAUCGAACUGGGGCUGCUGGAGGUGGCAGAUUUGCUCUGAUUCAGAGACCACUUGCGCUACUGUCUACGUUGGUGCAGGAGUGGGUGGCUAUUCGUCGCAGUCAAUCACCAAAGGCUGUGUUGCGGUUUGCCCGCAGAUGGGGAUCAACCUUGGCUUCGCUGCCACGUCGGUCAGCUGCUGUUCGUCUUUCUUGUGCAACACCAACGGAGCCAGCAGCGUCAAAACAAACCACCUGGUCCUGGCUGCUGGGAUCGUGGCCAGUUUCCUCUACCUCUUUGGACCCAGGCUGUGAUAUUUUGAGAAAUCUUUGCACGCAGAAGGAAUCUGCUCAGCCUUCUCUGCCGAGCAGCGCCAAAAUAAUGUGCUUUCAAUGGCAUAUAAUUCCAUUGCUUUUUAACCCAAUGAAUCUGUGUCUCUGCACUUUGUAUUGGUCUUAAGAGGAGAGAGACCUUUCCCA